AUGGCUGUGCUUCUGGGCGCGGGAGUCGAUGCCAACCUUCGCCUGGUGUCCCGUGUAUCCCUGGCGGAGCUGCCGGAGGACAAUCGUUUGGUCAGUCUGGAAGAUUUCGUCUUAACCUUGGAGAUGAUGAUGGCUGAAUGGCUGUCAAGCCACAUGUCCAUGAAGCGACCACUAGAUAAUGAAGAUGACCAAGGUGGGGUGAAGAAGCGCCUUGAGGCAGGAGAAGUGGUUUUCUCUGGAAGAAUCGAGUCGAUGGAUCCGGUGACGCGUUCAUCUUUGAUUCACUGCCACGAGAUUGCGCGGCAAUCCUGCAAGGCCUUGAAGGCUUCCAAUCAGCUGGUGCUCAGCUCGAUGGCUGCCGUCGGUGACUCCGUGGCCUUCUUCUUGCGAUGGUCGCGCGAGGGUCCGCAGGCCUCCCCUCCCAUGGUCCGACUGCGAUGUGGUGAUGACAACUUUGCGUUGCUGGGCAAGUUCCGGACUGGAACGGCUGGCUACGGAUUUGUGAGUUGCGAUCUCAUGACGGAAUUCUUCGGAAGAGAUGCUCAUGUUGAACGCGAUCUGGCACAGACCUUCGAAACUGGUCAAACUGUGUGUUUCAAUGUGAGCAUCACCCAAGGCAUGCCGAUGGUCACCGAAAUGUCUGCGUGCCUACCUGACUGGCACCCCACUCCCAGCGAUGUCCCUUUGGAGAUCGAAACAGCGGAAAGUGUCGAGCCACUUCAGGCCUUGGAUCCGGAAGAGCCCCAGCAGUGCCACGACGAGCCUUCGGAGCCCGUGGAGCCCUUGGAGCCUUCGGAGGUUUCGCAGCUCGUGGCGCCUGUGGAGCCGGAGCCUUCGACCGGCGACGAGUGGAACCAGUGGAACCAGUGGAACCAGGGCAGGGACGACUGGAAGAAGUGGAGCGACUGGAAGGACUGGUCGCCAGACUGGUCGUCCUGGCCGUCAGACUGGUCGUGGCACGCCGAAGGAGCGGGACAAGGCGAAAGGUUGGGAAAGAAAGCCACAGGAGUGAUCAAGUCCUUCAAUGAGAGAACCAACUACGGCUUCAUUGAGUGCAAAGAGCUUGCUGACAUCUAUGGCCGCGACACCUUUGUGCAUGGCAAGGAGUUUCAGGGCCACUAUGUCGGAGAGAAAGUGAGCUUCACUGUUUACCUGGGUCCUAGGGGCCAGCCACAAGCAUUCAACGUCGAAAAAAUCCGGGAGAAAAAGCACUGGGACAAACCCAAAGCCUCAGGUGCGAAACGAAAGGACCGUUCUUGCGGGGAGGAGAAGACCAAGAACUCCUUCCUGCUGGGCAUAGUGACCAGCUAUUUUCCAGAGAGGGGUUGUGGCUUCAUUGAGUGUGAUGAAGUCAGAAGAAAAUAUGGGCAAGAAGUCUACGUCUUUAAAGAUGUUCUGGCAGACAGCCUGGCAGGACCAGGUGACUUGGUUGCCUUCUACUUGCACCUUUCAAAGCAAAAGAAAGCGCAAGCUUCGCAUCCAAUGCUGCGUUUGAAGACAGGAACCGCGGGAACCUUUGCGUUGAAGGGUCGAUUUGAAGCCGUCGCUAAGGGCGUCACGCAGAUUCAUUGCCCAGAGACCCUGAAUUUCUUUGGAUCUCCAGUGAGGGUCAACCAACGGCUGGGCUCCAAAUUAGAAGCUGGAUCCGCUGUCUCCUUCAACGUCACGGUCAGUGAUCAGGGCUAUCCACUUGCUUACAAUGCCGAGCCUUGUGAUGACCAAUGGCUCCCCACGGCGACACAGCUGACCUUGGCAACGGAGGCAACGGCUUGGGAUGCUUGGAAAGCCAAGGAAAGUGGUAAUGGCUAUAGCGGUUAUGGAGGAUCGAGCCCUGCGUCACGUACUGCUGUACUCAUAGGCCGAAUCAAGUCCUUCGACAGCGAAAACUAUGGCUUCAUUGAAUCCGAUUUGGUCUCCUCAGCGUGUGGAUGUGACGCCGUCACGGGGGAAGAUUUGAGUGAUUUCGAAGUGGGCGAAACGGUGCUAUUUGAAGUGAGCUUUGCUCACAGCCGCCAGCCACAAGCACGCUAUGUCCGAAGGUGUGCUAUUUGA